GUAACUGCAGAUGAGGGGAUCCUGCAUGCCUCUGGAAGUGGUAUACCUCCAGUAACAAAGGAUUACUGCAUAAUGUACAAUUCUAGUUGGAUAUCUCUUCCAAACAGCCUGGACAAUGCUACUUUCAGGACUCUGGAAAACCUGACUUCUACGGUACUCUGCAGUUCUUCUGAAGUUCCUUCUGGCUUAGUGAAGGACAAAGCAGUUGUAGUGAUGAGAGGAAACUGCACUUUUUUGGAGAAAGCAAGAAUUGCACAAAGUUUGGGUGCUAAAAUGCUGUUGAUUGCCAGUAAACCUAGGCUGUCUUCUCUUUCAGAUAACAAGACUGAUUUUGAAGAUGUGACUCUUCCAGUUGCUCUUAUAAGAUAUAAUGACAUAGUAGAUAUGCAGCUGACACUUGGAAAUGAAGUUAACGUGACUCUGUAUUCACCACCUUUGCCAGAGUUUGAUUACAGUAUGGUUGUCAUCUUCCUGAUAGCUGUGUUUACAGUGGCGCUAGGAGGCUACUGGAGUGGAGUAGCAGAACUUGAGAAUUUGAAAGCAAUAGCAAGUCCUGGGGAGAGAGAAACAAGACGGAAGAAGGAAGAAAAUGUUACUUUCACCCCUGUAACGGUUAUCUUAUUUGUUGUCAUCUGUUGUGUCAUGCUGGUCUUACUUUAUUUCUUCUACAAAUGGUUAGUGUAUGUUAUAAUAUCAGUCUUCUGCUUGGCAUCUGCAAUGAGUCUGUACAACUGUCUUGCAGCAUUAAUGGGAGAAAUACCAUUUGGGCAGUGCAGGAUUGCAUGUUGCAACAAAAACAUUGAAGUGAGGCUUAUUUUUCUUGCUGUAUUCUGCAUAGCAGCAGCUGUUGUCUGGGCAGUGUUUCGAAAUGAAGAUAGGUGGGCUUGGAUUUUGCAAGAUAUUUUGGGAGUUGCUUUCUGCCUAAACUUUAUUAAAACGCUGAAAAUGCCCAACUUUAAGUCCUGUGUGAUACUUCUAGGCCUUCUCCUUCUAUAUGAUGUGUUCUUUGUCUUCAUAACACCAUUUAUCACAAAG